GAUGGUGAUGAUGAUGAUGAUGAUGGUGAUGAUGGUGAUGAUUGUGAUGAUGAUGAUGAUGAUGGUGAUGAUGAUUGUGAUGAUGAUUGUGAUGAUGAUGAUUAUGAUGAUGAUGAUGGUGAUGAUGAUUGUGAUGAUGAUGAUUGUGAUGAUGAUUGUGAUGAUGAUGAUGAUGAUGAUGAUGAUGAUGAUGAUGAUGGUGAUGAUGGUGAUGAUGAUGGUGAUGAUUGUGAUGAUGAUGAUGAUGGUGAUAAUGAUUGUGAUGAUGAUGGUGAUGAUGAUUGUGAUGAUGAUGAUGAUGAUGAUGGUGAUGAUUGUGAUGAUGAUGAUGAUGAUGAUGGUGAUGAUUGUGAUGAUGAUGAUGGUGAUGAUGAUGGUGAUGAUGAUGAUGAUGGUGAUGAUGAUGGUGAUGAUGAUGAUGAUGAUGAUGGUGAUGAUGGUGAUGAUGAUGAUGGUGAUGAUGAUGAUGGUGAUGGUGAUGAUGGUGAUGAUGGUGAUGAUGAUUGUGAUGAUGAUGAUGAUGAUGAUGAUGAUGAUGAUGGUGAUGAUGGUGAUGAUGAUGAUGGUGAUGAUGGUGAUGGUGAUGAUGGUGAUGAUGGUGAUGAUGAUUGUGAUGAUGAUGAUGAUGAUGAUGGUGAUGAUGGUGAU